AUGGCUUCCUCACAGCCUGAUUCGCCGUCCGAUUCUGAGCAUGAAGCUAUUCCCGAGUCCCCGCCGAUGCCGCCAAGCCUCCAUGACGCGCCGCCAAGCCUCCAUGACGCGACGCCAAGCCUCCAUCACGCGCCGCCAAGCCUCCAUGACGCUAUUCCCGAGUCCUACACCUUCCCGCUGCCUCCUUUACCUCAGCAGUACGAUACGCCUAAGCAAGGAAUUGUCGCGAUCAAUAUCUUCGGCCGCCAGCAUGGCUACGCAGUCUCAACUCUUCGGUCGAAACUGGUCCUUCGCACCUUUAAGAAUGCUAUAAAGCUUCAAUUUCAAAAGGCUACCGCUAAGAUCGAGAAUAAGAAGAAGCAGCUAUUUAGGCUAGUUCUUAGACGAAUUUCAGCCAAGGCGAUAGAGCAUACAAAAGACGUCUACAACCGCUUCCUACCAGCAAGUGACGAGAAGCCGCCGAUUCCUCCACUUUGCCGCUAUAAUUCGCUAGUGUCUCUACGCCUCCUAUUGACCCGCUACUCCUACUCCAGGAUCCUCUCCAAGUACGCCGGCGAGGACGCCCCCAAGGCGCUAGGAACUUCAUCGGCGGCGAAAGCACCCAAGCAAGCACCCAAGACACCUCCACCCAGCGAGAACCCUCCGGCUUUGAGCUCAUACUAUCCCAGGAAGGUGGACGUGGACGUAGCCGUGGCCGUGGACGUGGCCGUGGACGUGGAGGAACACAACAAGCCUCGCAGGGAAGGUGGCCGUGGACGUGGACGUGGACGUGGACGUGGCCGUGGACGUGGCCGUGGCCGUGGACGUGGAGGAACACAACAAGCCUCACAGGGUGAUAACGGA